GAGAGGAGAGUGGAGUAGAGUAAGUGGAAGUAGGGGGGACAACAAUGAAUGGCAGUCUCUUCUGUUCUGGAUUCCCAAUUGGUGGACUGCAGAGGGCAGAAUGUGUCGUGAGUUGAGUCAGUUCUACUGUCUGAACGGAUACGGUGACGCUUCAAUUCACACAUCCCAACUACAUAACGACAUAGCAGCAAGUGUUUCUCUGGACUACGAGGAACAGGCGAAUGUGUUAAUAAGAGCUGAAUUGGAGGCUAGAUUCGAGGGAUACAUCCAGCAUGUCUGGAGACGAAUCAACUUCUUUGACGAUGAACAACAGGAAGCCCGUUGUUGUGACAGACAGGUUGACAAGUACAUAAUAUUUGGACAGGAGAGACUCCACCUCACACCUACAGAGUACUUUGAGAAACUCACUGACUACCACAACGAAAUGAACAAACCGCUAAACUACAUCAGUGCAAUGUGGAAUCCAAGGUCAUGUAUCAAUAUCAUAACUGAAGUGGGGUUUGGUCCAGGGGGCUUACAACCCUUCGCUGGAUCGGUUAAUCCAGGGUUCAAAUUCGCCUUUCCACCUCUUCCUGAAGUGCAACCGAGGGCAUUUUCAUACAGACGAAUUACUUCUCAGUUGAACUUCCACUGGUUCAAACACCAAAUAAUGUGCAGGGACCAGCCAUGGAUUUGUGCCGCUGGAACUGAAGGCUCAGGAGACACCAGUGGCCAAUUUGAACCUAAGUCAAGUGACGAAUUGGACGAGUUGAAUGAAAGCCGUACUAACGAUAAAAAUGAAUUACGAAAACACCGACGACUGCUAUAUUCUUAUGAAUUCGGAUCGACAACAAGAAGACACCAUUACAAAAACAGCCACUGCAGAAGAUAAUUUCUCUUUUAAACCAUUUGGUUUAAAAACAAAUUUAAAGAAAAGAAAAUUCAUUUUCUCCUAAACUGUUAAACUUUUUAAUGGGUGUGAAAUUUAACCACUUUAAGCUUAACCACUUUAAAUUGUUAGUGAGUUAAAACUGUACUCA